UUCAAAAAUUCAUUCAAGGCGAUAGCAAAUUCCCUUGUGCCACAACCAGGCCCUUUCGUCUCAGCACUGUGUCAAGCCGCUUCAAUUGGCGACAUCCAGCAAAUCGCAGGCUUCCUCACCCAAGGCGCCAACAUUAACGGCCGCAACGAGAACGGCAAGAAUGCUCUGCAGUGCGCCAUAUUGGCUGACCAAGAAGAUGCUGCUCGCCUGCUUCUGGCGUCGGGAGCGAGCACUUCUGGCUCUGGGUGGUCAGGCAUGCCGCCGUUGUUUCUUGCGGCCUCGGUAGGCAGUCUUAAUUCGGCCAGGAUGUUUCUUGGUAAAGGAGCGAGCAUCGACGAAAAGAGCACGUCUGGACAAUCUUACUUUGUCGAUGUUGUUUCGUCUGGCAACUUGGAAGGCAUUCGGUUCCUUCUUGAGCAAGGCUGUAGCGCGAAUACCAAGAACAUAAGCGGCGAAGCCGUCAUUGCGAACGCCGUGCGGAAGAAGCAGAUGGCACUCGUGGAGCUGCUUUUCGAAUUUGGAGCAAGCAUCACUUCUACAGACAUCUCUGGCCAAAAUCUCCUGGCAGUGGCUCUCAACAAGAAGGAGUACGAGAUGGCAGAGCUGCUUCUAAAGAAGGGUGCGAAGCCCAAUGCCACCACCAUCUCUGGGAUGCCAUUGCUGGCAGAUGAGAUCAACAAUAGGCGACUCAAGACGGCCAAACUACUUCUCGAAUGGGGCGCAGAUCCCAACACCAAAGACUGGCAUUCACAGCCAGUGUUGAUCCUGGCGAUCAAGAACUCCAAGAUAGCCGCCGAGGAAAAGAUCGACAUUGUUCGCCAACUUUUCGCCAAGGGGGCCAACGGAGACGUGGUGGAUGCUUUCAGCAAGACUCCCGCAAUCUGCUAUGCUGUUGAAGCUGGCAUCUCGGAGAUCAUCUCCCUCAUGCUACAGAGCGGGGCCAAGACGACGGCGACAAUGCAGAACGGCGAUUCUCUACUCAAGUAUGCCAUCGACCAGGGACGAAAGGAUCUCACUGAGGCGCUCCUCCACUAUGGGGCUGACCCAAACUACAGUGUUGGGGAGAAUGGUGUAAAGCCUCUCGUUCAGGCACUUGUGAAGCAGGACCUUGAUAUGGUGCGUCUGCUACGGGAAGCUGGCGCCGAUGUAAAUGUGCCAGAGGUGCAGGAUGUUGCAAGGGCAUUGGCCAAGGCAGAGGUCUAUGAGGCGCUGGGGAUGCCGGCUCCCAUUGAGGGAGAUCCUCCAAACUACGAUACUGCCAUGAAGAUCCAACAGUAA